GAAGCGGCUCAAGUACAAGUAUUGCUCAAGUAUUGCCUCGAGCAGCAAAGCAGCCGCUCAGUUCAUUAAAGUAACCACUGGAUGUAACGUUGUGUCGACGUUGGGGUGUUCGGAGCGCCGCCGCGGGAGUGUGGCCGAGAGUAUGGCUAUGGCGCGCGAGUGCACCCAGGGUGAGGGAGCCUCAGGGAGGGCCGGCAGAAUGAAUGGAAGAUUGAAAGGCCUGCAUCCCUCCCUGCUGUCUGCCAUUUACACUGCAGGCACUCUCAGACUGCAGAUGAAGGCGCCAUAUGAGCAGCUCGAUGAACAAACCGAGCACCGCACCGCCCAGGCAGUGGUACGAGGGUUUGCACGAGUUGAUCAAGCGAGGAGGAAGGCAACGGGCCCUCCCUCUGUGUCUGUGGUGAUUGCAGAUGUGGCUCAUGGCACACAGGGGUUUCAAGCUCGACUUCUUGGUGACCCCACGCCGUGGCCGGUUCGGCACCGUCGUGGCGAUGAGGGACUCCGACGGUCGGCGGUGGGCGGUGAAGCUCAUGUCCCACAGCGAAACAGACGCCAACGCACAAGUGGUACGCUCACACGCUCUAAGGCAGCAAUGUUAAUCAACACACACACACGCACAGGGAGGGUACUUGGAUGUGUGUGUGUGUCAGGUCAACGGGUGGUUUCGCGCGGGCAACGACCUGUGGAUCGAGGACUGCCAGCAGCGCGCCAGCCAGCCCUACCCGAUACAGCCACCGCCCACCAUUGUCCGGUGCCGAGCCGUCUACCACAUCCCGGGGCCGUAUACGACGCUCGGGGGCGAGCGAGUUGAGGGCGUCACGGCGUAUCAGCUGGAGUGGAUCGACCGUAAGCAGGCCACCCACCACAUUUAAGGGUGGAUUGCAUGACUUUCGGCUCUCUCUGUCGGUGUUUAUUGUUGUGUGUUUGCAGGGACUUUGCACGAGUUGAGGGGCCCCCUGUCUGAGGCAGCCCUGACCGCCAUAGCCGAGGGGGUCGUUCGGGCGGUCGGCUACCUGGGGCUGUGUGGGCUCAUCCACGGCGACAUACACGUGCGUACUCGUACCUAUGUGUAUCACACACUCACUGACUCGCACCUGUGUGUGUGUGUGCAGGCCGGGAACAUCGGAGUGCGGGUACGUCAGGCGGUCAACCCCACCACCACCACCAGCACCACCACCAGCAGCGCCGCUCGCGACAGAAAGAUCCGCGACGGCGACGGCGACAGCGAUGAGUACGAGGCCGUGUUGCUCGAUCUUGACCGACUCCACAGGGAGAACGGCAAGGAUCGCUUCAGCUUCCCCGAGAUCAACAACGCCCUCGCGCCACACGGACAGGAGCAGCAGCCGCGGCCCGGCAUGCUCUCUCACGGCCGAGACAUGUACGAUGCCGUCCACUGGCUCAUCCAAUCACUCAAGCGGCUUGACGCACCGCGGCGCCUAACCGCCGUCUUCGAGGACGUCCUGGCCAUCAGUGAGAGGCAGCCCGCUGUGUGCUUAUCUCAGGUGGGUAAGUCGGCACAUAGACCACUCAAACAGGCAACGCCUGCCCACCUGCAUACGUGUGAUGUGGUGUGUAUGUGUGUGUGUGUGUGUGUGCGUGUUGGAUGACCAAACAGAUACUGUCGAAGCUUCGAGCGUUGCGCAAGUCGACGAAGGCUCCCCCCAAGCCGUCAGCUGCCGCGUGUGGCACUGAGAACCGGAAGACGCCCCCUCUCUCGCCGCCCUCGCUGCGGCUGCCGGGCCAUUUCACGCCGCAGCUCGACCCGACCCGCCCCACCAUCUGCAACACCCGAGGGGCCCCCCCAGCACCACUAGUAGGACAUCUGGCCGACCGCCACAACACACACCGCCCCCCUGGAGGCGUCAUCGCGCCUCCCAUUCCCCCAUACCCGCACACGUCGCUGCCGGUGUGCAGCUCUCUCGUUAUGGUGGUGCUCGUUUGCAGCCGACACACAGGGACGGCCCUGGUUUCGCUGUUAGCGGUGCUGUUCCCCCCUUCGCCCCUACCCCGCUGUGUCCUGCCUGCUCGCCCCCAUUGCCCCACACCAACACACGCCCACCACCAGCAGCAGCGGCACCAGCAAUGAUGCCUUACCCGCCGCUCUGCGCGCAAUACGGCAAGAGCCCAGCUACUCACCACCACUACAACAGAGGCGGGACACGCCCACCAAGUCCACCACCUAUGAAGGCGCAGCAGGGUGCCAGGCUGAGGAGGGGACAGCAGAGGGCGGCUGAAGCGGCGCGAGAGGCGGCGGAGGGGGCCCGCAAGCUGGCGCAGCAGAUACGGGAGGAGCAAAGGCAGUGGGAGGAGGCGUCGCAGGUGCGCGCGGACACGCACAGACGGCCGUAUUUCUCUCCUUUGUGGUUGUCUUCAUGUGUCUGCGGUGCGGUGUUGUGUGCGAUUUCCUGCAGGCACCCGCAGUACCUGUCCCCUACCGUCCGCCACUGCAAGGGCACCCACACGCACAAGCUGCGGCUCCAGCACCGCGACAACCACAGCCGCCCCCGAUGGCGGCGAUUCAUCCGCCGCCCAUGAUGCCGGUGCCACCGAUGGCACUGAUACCGCCCGUUCAUGUGCCCGGGAUGGGGCAUGGUCCGUGCCUCCGAGCACCCCCACCUGUCCCCGGGAUGCUGCCAUUACCACCACACCACCACCACUAUGGCGUCCCAACACCACCACAGGAGAGCGAAGCAGCAGCGGGCUGGAGGUGGUUCUUGGGGCUUUUCCGCCGGGGAUGAGUGGGUGGCGAGAAAGGGCGCAUUUCGGGGACAUACAGAGAGGUGACGUAUACCGGAUGGUUAUCUUGGAUGCCUGCCUGCCUGCGUCAGCCCGAUGUGUGUGUGAGUGAUUCUCUUUCUUUUUUUGGUCUGUCCUGUCUGUCCAUCGCAUUUAAGUCUGUCCGUCGGUCGUCGAGUCUGCUGUGGAUGGAUCGAUGAAUCGUUUGAGUAGGUGCUCACAUGCCUUCCGUCUGUCCGUCUGGCUGUCUGUCUGCUGUCUGGCUACUUGGUGGGUGCCGUGUGGCGUCACGUCAGCCAUGCACAAAGGGCCGCGCACCAUCGCCUUUUUCUUUUUCAAUUUCGUUUGAUGGCCAUUGCUUAUCGUCUCAGUCUCUUUUCAAAAGUAGCUGACACUGGCUGCCUCUGUCCUUGGUCGUUUUAUGUUAGUUCCAAGUCUGCAGCCGACACGGGCUGCCUACAGCUGUCUGUCUUUUUCCUGCAGCUGCGUUUUUCCUGUUCCUGUACGGUUAAACUCUGCUUUCAGUAGCAGCUGACGCGGCUGCCGUGUUUGUCCGUCUGUUGCUUUCAUUUUAAGGCAGCUGAUACUGGCUGCCAUCCAUCCAUCCAUCCAUCCGCCUUUUUCCCAUUACUUUUUCUCGAUCGUCUCACUCGCCUCGCUACGUGGCCUUUGGUGUUGUGGCCCGCCCUUCUGAACAUGUGCUGUGCGCUUUGUUGUCGAGUACCCACCCCACCGAUGACGUCACACGAGCGGGCACCCGCCGAUCACAAAUCACGCACACACACACACACACACGGAGAGUUGGACAGCCGGCCGGAAAGGCGAGCAUGCAUGGCUUCCGGUGGGGUGGAUGUGGUGCCGUCUGGGUGCGUCGUACUCUCCGUUGACUGGCUGCGAUGUGCGCUGCUUGCUCGGUCGCUGUCUGGCUUGCGGUGUGUGCAAUGCAUACUGACAUGGUUCGACUGGCUGCGUAUACCCCUCCCUCUCCCUAGCUCUAGGCGGCUGCCGUGGGUGUGGUGAAGGCUGGCACGUGCGAAGCACCUCUGCCACUCGUACAUUCACGCCUGUGGCACAACGACAUCGUUUACACACAAACACACACACACACACCUAUGUGAUUUGUCAGUCGUGUGUUGCGCCUGUGACGGAGAGGGGGGGGGGGGGGGGGG